AUGGAGAGAGUCCAGCACAUAACCCGCACGGCCAUUCGACGGGCGUCCAACAUCGAGGUGAACCCGCAGACCAAGCGUAACCUGCAGGAGCUUUUCAUCAAUUUUUCCCUCAUCCUCAUCUGCCUGCUGCUCAUAUACAUCAUCGUCUUGCUCAUGUAA